GAGUCAAGACUAAACACUAACUACAAGCUCGGGGACUUUCCUGUAGGUCUGACCACACCCUUUGAAGUGGGCGUGUCCGCCCGCCCUGACUAGCUCAAAAGCACACAGGUGUGGCGGGUAGGGAGGAGGCGGCGGAACGGAGAGGACGGGAUUCGAACCCACAUUCCUGAAGGCGGAGUCCUGGACUGGGCGUUCCAAGGAGGUGGGGGUAGGGCAUCCGGCCCUGAAGCCCGCCAGCCGGGCGCCUCGAGCCCCCACCCCCACGGCGGCUCGGGCUACUCCCGCGGCCCAGGGUCACAAAGGCGGUUGCCAGGCGCCCAGUGGAGAAAAGAUGCGGCCAGGAAACAGCGGCCGCCACUCUGGAGCGUGCGGCCCGCGGAGUUCAGCAGGUGAGCCCCCGGCCCGGAUGGUGGGACCGGGCCCGGGCUCCCACCGCCACGUCCGCUUCGGCCAGAGCCGUCUGACCUCCACCCCCGGUUAAGGAUCCCCGGGGGACAAGCCCCUUCUUCCCGCUGGGACGGGGAGCCUCCCCACUCCUGGUAGCUCCAGCCUCUCUGGAUCAGGAUCGGAAUCACAAUUCACGAGGACCUCAGCUGCAUUUGGACGCUUACUUCCCCUUUCUCAGGUGGGGAAAUCGAGGGACUCGGUUCCUUGGAACGGGAGGAGUAUGAAAGGGAAGACUUUUUGGCCAGGAGUACAAGGUGUUCCCUAUCUGGGAGCUAUUAAAGCAGCUUGAACAGACUUCCAAGGUUCAAACCCUCUUGGAGUGGAUGACAGUGAUUUCUGGGUGGUGGGAGCAGAGGGGUGAAUCGUCUUGAUUUAAAACUUGGUGGAAGUGGCUUAAAGAUCUGGGAUCAGAAGCCCUCUCAUCCCCACGUUCGUUCUGUCCAGUACUUAAGGCGGGACAUUUGAUAAAAAGCCUUUUACGUCUGGCCCUAUUUGCUCUUAGGAGGGGAGUCAGGAAAAGGAUCCUGGGAUUAAAUAAUCUUUUUGGUCAUAUACUGAGGGAGUUAACACCCUCCACACCCCACCUUGCCAUGGUGCUGUACCAGAGCAGCCCUGAUCUUGGAUGUAUUCUCUCAGGGUGAUGAUAGCAAGCAUCAGAAGACUUUCAUAGGCUGUUUGUAAUAGAUAACCAUCCCCUCAGUGUCAAUUUUUCAUCCUAAAGCAGUCCAGAUAUUUGAACACAGUAUGUGAAGGAGUGUACAAAGAUAAGGAGAGACAGAACAGUCGAAGGAAAACAACAAAUCUCCUUUAUGCUACCCACAGUCAGGGACAGGUCUUCUGGUUUGAAAUGUCAUCAACUCUUUUUUUAAAAUGAACUUUACUGUCUUACAAACUAUGGUGGAGGAGUCAACUUUUCACAGCAUUUCCUGGGCAAUUACUGGAUGGGAUGGGAUCAGAUCUGCUGCUGUUACCUUUUGUGGGAGAAGAGAGAAGGGGCAGAGAAAUAUACUUGGCUGGAAAGAAAAGGGAACUGCUAUGCCCCUUACCAUAAUAGGACUGUCAAUGGCAGGAUACCAGCUUUGGUCACCAUGGACCCCACUGGACGAGAGCUUCCAAUGGCUGCGGCACACAACACCUACACCUUCUUCAAAGCAUCCCUUUAGGGCUUCCCCCUGCUUCCCACAUACCCCUUCUGACCUUGAAGUGCAGCUGUGCUUUCAAGAGGUCACUCUAGUCCUAGACAGCCCAUUUCUGGAGCCUGGGGUGAGUCCCAAGUUACCCUGCCACACAUCAGAGCUCCGAACCAUGAACAACAAGAAAGGGCUGGUCAGGAAGCCCCAGCCUAUCCGCCUCAGUGGAGUGGAUUCCGUGUUUGGCAGGGUCAUCACAGCUCAGCCACCAAAAUGGACUGGGACCUUCAGAGUUUCAGACAAAUCAGCCUUUUGCAAAAUCACCAGCCGGGAGAACCAGUGGCCCACUGGACUUAAGGAACCUCAGAUUCAGAUGACAGUGACCAUGUGCAAACAGAUGCUGCGCUCUAUCCUCUUACUGUAUGCAACAUAUAAGAAGUGCACCUUUGCCUUGCAACACUCCAAGUAAAGGGUUCCCAUCUGAUUCCUGUUCCUCAUACCAUGUCCUGUGCUAUGUGCCUGAAGCUUACAGAAACCUGUCCAUGUAAAAGAAACUGACAUCAUCUGAGCCAUCUUGCUUUUCUGUCAAGCAGUGAUAAUUCAGGAACCCCUUUCCUCCUUCCCCCCUCCCCCCAAAGGCCAGUGACAGAGCAAAGGAGAACAUUUCCAUUGUAAAGUUGAACAACAUUUAAAAGAGUCAAACUAGUGUUGACAUGUACAUGUGAGAAAGAACCAUUAAACCAUAUAAACCAAUGAGCCUAGUGUGAACUCACUUAAACAUCUAAGACCACAAUGAGAUGGGGAAACAAAGGGGUAUCAAGGAAGGAGAUUAUGACUUUCCAAGUACAUGAGGAUGAAGGGGUCAAAAAUCUAUAGAUGGGUCAAGGAUUAAAAAAAAUUAUAAAAACAAAACAAAUAAUCUACCCCACCAAAUCAACAACAAAAAAACCUUAACCAACCACAUCCUAAUACCACUGGAGAGUACAAAAGUGGAUAGUAAUAUUAGCAAAUAUUAAAGAAUAUUUAUAGCCUGGCAAGAAAGAACUUGGAAGCAGCAAUGAAACUGGGCUUUCUGGCAGAACACAUGAGAGCUCACCAUUUUAGCUGGUGUACUAUUAGUAAUUCUGCAGAAUUGUUAUAAUAAGUCUAUAGGUAUAACUCAGAAUAAUGUGGAAAUAAACAUAUAUACAAA